UUCCAGUGAUGCAGAGAGUAUGGAAGACAGCACUUCAGUGGAGAUUUUGAACGCAGCGAAAGAAACGCUUCUUCAGGGACUGGCUGAGGAAAACCAGGGCCUCCAGCUGUAUGUGCGUAACUUCUGGAGUCAGGAGAAGCGUCUUCCUACUGCCACCCUUGACCGAAUGUUGACGGUGCUUCAGUCCUUGUACUCCUGUCAAAUAGAAAGGUGUUUCCUAAGCCUGGCUACCAACCUGCUGCUGGAGAUGACCAGCCAGAGUCCUGACUUCAAUCGUAACAUGUUCGAGUAUCCCCUGUCGGAGUGUACUUUCCAGGUAGGCUGUAUAUCCAUAUCAGAUAUUGGUAUGGAACAUCUCUAGGAAAAACCUUUUCUCAGUCUUAAAGAAGCCA